AUGGAUCCUCCCAGUGCUGAGACUUUAAUCAAAUGCCUUGAAUUACUCUAUGCUAUUGGGGCCUUGAACUCGAAGGGAGAGUUAACCAAAACCGGUCGCCAAAUGGCGAACUUUCCCAUCCACCCAAUGUUUUCCAAAGCUUUGCUUGAAAGUGUGAAAUUCGGGGUUGCUAAGGAAAUCGUUGCCCUUAUUGCAAUGCUAGGGGAUCACUUAUCACUAUUGAAUAUCUGGAAUCUUUGGUCAGAUACAGAAUUCUCAAGUAUUUGGUGUCAGGACAACUUCCUUCAGUACAAGACGUUGAAAAGAGCCAAAGAUGUCAAAGAACAAUUGGAGCUCUUAUGCCGUAAAACCGGUAUCAUUGGUGAAAGUGAGCAAAACCAGCAUCUGGUGGAUGACCAUUCCAAAACACAGUUAAUUCAGAAAGCAAUUGUGGCAGGGUUCUUUCCAAACAUUGUACGUCUUUCCAAGAUGGGAGACUCAUACCGUACCCUAAAGAAGAACCAACCCGUGUAUAUCCACCCGUCUUCAUCGCUUUUCCCGGUCAAGCCUCCUCCUAAGCUUCUUCUCUACCACGAAUUAGUGCUCACCAGCAGAGAGUACAUGCGGAAUUGCAUGAUAGUUGAAGAAACAUGGCUCCGGGAGCUUGCUUCUCACUACUAUGGUGCUAAGGACCUCGAUGGUCUCAAGCCAACCCCCAUUAAUCGGUUUAAAUAGACCUUGUAUAAUACAUAACCGCCUGCACCGAGUUUCGCAGCCAAUGUUUA